GCGUGCUGAAUUCAGAUUUGUCAUGGAAAAGUCGCCGAGGAAAUUUAGUAUUCCUGAAACAUUAGAUGAUUCAACGAAUGGAGCAUCAAGUGGACCUCAGUAUUUUAAACCUGGGAUAAUUCUAAAAGAGGCUGAGAAAAAUAAAACUACUUCAGGGCAAAAAGAGGAGACCACAGAUAUUUGUUUAAAGAAACCUCCUCUCGGUUCAUCCGGUCAAGAAAUUAAGAUUAUUAAUUCCAAUGAGUCGGGCUCAAUGCAAACUCUGACGAAAUUUGGAACUGAAUUUGCUAAUUUGAAAGAAUCUAAAUAUUAUGAUAAGUCCGUGGAAUCGACAGGAUCUAGCUCUGGAAUAGUACAAAGAAGUUCUGGUACUUUGUUGGUGAAUCCCAGGCAGAGAGGAAACCCACUGCUUAAAAUCAUAAGAAAUGUCCCGUGGGAAUUUACUGAAAUAGAGCCUGAUUAUGUCAUGGGGAAAACUGCUUGUGCAUUAUUUUUAAGCUUACGUUAUCACAAUUUGCUCCCCAAUUACAUUCACGAUAGAUUAAAAGCUUUGGGAAAGUCUUAUGCCCUCCGUGUCUUGCUGGUGCAAGUGGAUGUGGCUGAACCCAAUCCACCUUUGAAAGACUUAUCUGUGAUAUCAAUUUUAGCAGACUGUACUCUUAUGGUUUGUUGGAGUGCAGAAGAAGCUGGUACCUACCUUGAAACAUAUAAAAUGUUUGAAAAUAAAUCAGCUGAUUUAAUAAAGGAAAAGCAGGAUAGUGAUAAGUAUUCUCAGCUGAUUGACUGCUUGACAACAAUUAGGUCAAUAAACAAAACAGAUGCAAUGGUUCUUCUUUCUAACUUCAAAACAUUGAAAGGUAUAAUACUAGCAUCUGUAGAAGAUUUGGCAAUGUGCCCUGGUCUUGGUCCCCUCAAAGCCAAACGUUUAUAUGAUGCUCUAAGAAAGCCACUGAAAAAUGAACAAGAAAAAGCGUAGCAUAAAUAGAUAUGCUUUGUUGAAGAGUACAGACUUUUUUCUACAAAUGUUGCAUUUGGUUGAAUGGCAUUCAAAAAUAAACACUUAUUUACAUUUAAUCAAUGUGAAUGACGCACAAUUUGAACUUUUCUGUGACAAAGUACUCAAAGCCUCAACAGCUUUUUCAGCAGAAGACCUUCCCUCGAAAAUUAAUUUUAAAAACCUUAAGCAAUGGUUGAUAAGAUACUUGGAGGCUUCACUUGUUUAUUUGCAGUCAUUCAACAGCAUCUAAACUUUUUUUAAUUUAUGUAGAGUUGGUUGUGGGAAGUAGGUCACCCCCAUAAAACUGAAAUAUGCAUAUGGUUUUUGUACUUUUUUACAUUGAUCAUGUCAUAGUUCAUCACAGUGGUUGAUUUUGCAUAUAUACGAGAUGUGGCUAGUAAAUAACAAGACUGAUGCUGCUACAGAAGAGCCACGCUUGUGCCAAUCCGAACGAUCGACAGCUGUGCAGCGUAAAGCCUUCUCUUUCGAUUGCAAUGUCUCCCGUAUUUGUAGAGAUUUGUAGAGAGAUUGUGUCUAACCGUAAUCAUCGUUUAUGUAAGAGGUGAUUGUUUCGUUAUGCCAGAAAACGUGAUAGUAGAGCAAUGAAUUAUCGCAAAAUUUCACAUGAAACUUUGUAAAACCUAUACUGAAACUUAUUGUUUGUUAAAAGAAGUUUAUGGCGAUGAAUGUUUAUCAAGUGUGCGGAGUUUUGAGUGGUUCAAGC